AUGUCCUCAAAAGCAAGAUACUACUUGGAACAAUGCAUUCCUGAAAUUGAUGAUUUAGUGGAUAAGAAAUUGUUCACUAAAAAUGAAGUCUCUGCCAUCAUGAAGAAAAGGACAAAUUUUGAACAUAGAUUGAAUUCUAGAGGUUCCAGUAUCAAUGACUACGUGAAAUACGUCGAAUAUGAGAAUAAUGUGAAUAAGUUAAGAGCGAAGAGAUGUAAGAGAAUCUUACAAUCAAAUAAAUCAAACAGUAUAUCCGAUUGGUCUAUAACUAAAAGAAUCAUGUUCAUAUAUCAAAGAGGUUGUAAUAAAUUUCCAAGUGAUUUGAAAUUCUGGUCAUUAUAUUUGAAUUUUUUGAAGACUAGGGGUAAUCAAACCUCUUACAAGAAAAUACACAGUGUCUAUAAUGAAUUGAUUAGACUACAUCCAAACAACAUUGAUGUCUGGAUAAGUUGUGCCAAAUAUGAAUACGAAGUCCAUGCAAACUUCAAGAGUUGUAGAGUCGUUUUCCAAAAUGCGUUAAGAUUCAAUGCUGAUCAACCGAAAUUAUGGCAUGAAUAUAUUAAAUUCGAAUUGAACUUCAUUACCAAAUUGAUUAAUAGAAGAAAAGUUAUGGGUUUGAUUAAUGAGAGAGAACAAGAACUAGAUAUGUUAAAUGAAGAGCAAGAGAAGAAUAAUGAUUCUGAUGAUGGUGAAAAUAGUGAUGUGGAGUCUAAUGAAAUAUCAGGUCUAUAUACUAAAUCAAAAGGACCCUCAUCAGGUAACUCUAUGAAAGACAAAUUAAAUGAGUUACCAGAGGCUGACAUGAACAUGUUAGGUUCUUCGGACACAAAUCCUGCUUUACGUGGUGACGUUGCAUUGGCUAUUUUUAAUAUUGCUAUGGAUACUCUAGGUAAAUAUUAUAUCAAAAAACAUAAAGGUUACUUUGCAAUCUCAGAUUCACAAACGGACAAGGAACUAAAGAAAGAAACUGUACAAUACCUGUUUAAGUUAUCUCUAGAAUAUAUUAAUUUGUUUGAUAAAUUCAACGAUUUAAACAGAGAUUAUUUGAUUAACCAUGUUUUACAAUAUUGGAAGAAAGAUGAUAAUUUAAUGGGUUUGGAUCUAGUGGAAGAUUUCAGUGACAUUUACAUUGAAACUAUCCUAAUAGAUAUAACCAUGAAUAUAAGAUAUUUAUUGGACGAAGAUCUGGAUAUCGAUCAACUUCAAUUGUCUGUUAAGAGAUAUUUUGCUUACAAAAGCAAAUUAAGAGACGAGUUGGCCAAAGAAGUACAAAAGAAAUAUACGGAAUCUCUACGAAACAAUUAUUUGUCGAAGCUAGACCGUGACGAUUCUAGAUAUACUAUCUUGAGUCAACUGAUUAAAAAAUUAUAG